AUGCUCUUGGUUUCGUUGUUCAGUCUGUUCUCGAUCGGAUUCGGAAUGCGGCUCACCCGUACCGAACUGAUCGAGCAGCCAACUGCGACUGCUUUGGUUCUCGAGUUGGGUCCCCUGGAUUUUCAAGACGACGUCGAUCUUCUGGAAUCCACCUCUUCUGACGCCUUCCGUGACAAGCGAGGUGUUGAUCCAAUGAGCAUCCCUCGGCUCAUCAAAGAGCCACCAUUGAAAAAGAGAAGCGGCGACUUCAAAAGAGGCGAACUCGUUUAUCCAUCCGCUGCUAAACAGACGGUUCCAUUGGUACGAAUCCGUGAGCCACCACUUAAGAGAGGACAACAUACGGAUCUAACCGACGAAUCUACUCAUAGACACUGA